CGGGAGGGGGGAGGCGCAGAGCGGAGAAGCCACUUCCUAAAAACACCUUCUGAUCGAGGCUUGUCGUGCUGUUUGUCAGACUGUGUUCAGUCACUGACUGUUCACAAUAAAGUCAGCCUCUCUGGAGCUCUUUUACACCGUCCCCCGCCAGAUCUGAGCACUUUCACUUUCACGGCUGAAGAGCGGCUACAGAGUAAGAAGUAGAUUUCCUGGAUGGAGGCGGACAGUCUGCUGACCGGCAGUGGGAACGGAGCCUCCGCGGAUUAUGGCUCUGGGUCGGGCACGGACAACGGAGGGGCCCCGGGCAGCAGACGGAUGUCAUACUCUGUCGCGGGACAGUCGUGCAGUGUCGAGGGGGCCACAGACGAUGAGGACAUCUACAUCCAACAAGCUGUGGUAUUCAUCGAGGACGCCAUACAGUACCGGUCCAUCAACCACCGUGUGGAUGCCAGCUCACUCCGACUGUAUCGAUGGUACUACUCUAGGAUAUGCCAGUGGGGCUUGGGCCUAACCAUCGCAGUGGUGUUGUUGCUGGCAUUUAUUGAGCGUCCGUCCUCCCUGUCUGUCUCCUCUGACCCCCGGCAUCGCUCUCCAACCUGGGAACCUCCUUGUGGCCUCACCGAAAGCAUCGAGAUGGUCUGCCUCAUCAUCUUCUGUCUUGAUCUUGCUGUCAAAAGCUACCUGAUUGGCUGGGAGGAAUUCAGAAAGAACAAAUGGCUGAUUGCCUACACAGUGGUCAUUUCAAUCUCUGUCAUCGACUGGGUGUUGUCUGUCAGCAUGGUGUGUGAUGAGAAACUGAGAGUACGACGACUACUCCGGCCAUUCUUCCUCCUGCAAAACUCCUCCCUGAUGAAAAAGACACUGAAAUGCAUCAAGAGGACUCUGCCAGAGAUCGCCAGUGUCAUCCUGCUGCUGGCGCUCCACCUCUGCCUCUUUACUAUGAUCGGCAUGCUGCUGUUUGCUAAAACUGAGGACCCAAAGAAGAACGGGGAGUGGGAGUUACAUUUCAGAAACCUGCCUAAUUCCCUCACCUCUCUGCUGGUGCUGCUCACCACAGCCAACAACCCAGAUGUGAUGAUCCCUGCCUACUCCCUUAACAGAGGUUACUCCAUUUUCUUUGUGGCCUUCAGUGUGAUUGGAACCUACUGUCUGAUGAACUUACUCACAGCAAUCAUCUAUAACCAGUUCAGGGGAUAUUUACUGAUGUCAGUCCAAACGUCCAUCAUCAGGAGACGACUGGGAAUCAGGGCUGCUUUCCAAGUCCUCACCUGCCAUGGAGCCCAACAGGCUGCUGAGGAGCAUGUGUGUGUAGAUGCGGUGCUGGAGGUGAUGUCCAGGGUCCAGAUGAAGAGCUACUACAGAGUGGCCAUUACUACGGAGGCGCGGCAGUAUGCAGACGUGGGCUACAUGGACCGGGAGCAGUUCAGGAAGAUAUUUGAUCAACUUGAUAAAGAUCACAUUAAGGAGCACCCCCCCUUGCCCCAGUACAACUCUCCUGUCCUGCAGAGACUCCAGGUGAUCUUUAGUCACUACUAUCUCACUAUACUUGGCAACGCCGUGGCACUGGCCAACGUUAUGUGCAUAUGUACCGUCCUGGUGUUGAACUCUGAGAAGUCCACAUCAGAGAGAGACAACUACAUCAUGGAGAUCAUCAACCUGUGCUUCAUCCUCUACUACCUGUUUGAAAUGAGCGUGAAGAUCUUUGCCUUCGGCUGGAAAGGCUACCUAUCCUACAGGAAUAACAUAUUCGACGGCUUCCUCACCAUCCUACUACUGAUCCUACAGAUCACUAUAUACGUCGCCUACAGGCUUCCUUAUUCUCACUGGGACCCAUCCGCUCAUGGCUUCUUGUCUCUGUGGGAGAUGGUUCGUUUGAUCAACAUGCUGAUUGUCUUCCGCUUCCUGCGCAUCAUCCCAGAUAUCAAGCUCAUGGCUUUGGUUGCAAGUACACUGUUGGACCUGGUGAAAAACCUCAGAGCCUUUGCAGGGAUACUGGUGGUGGUGUACUAUGUGUUUGCUGUGUUUGGGAUCUGGCUGUUUGAGGGAGCCAUUAAACCUCCUCCAGAGAUGAGUGUCCUCUCCAAUACCACGAUGGAUAACAUCACCUCUAACUUCAGCAUGGAGUGUGGCACCUAUGAACAGCUGGGCUACUGGCCAAAUAACUUCGAUGACUUUGCUGCAGCCAUCAUUUUGCUAUAUGAUGUCAUGAUAGUCAACAACUGGCAGGCCUUCAUGGAUGCAUACAGCAGAUACACCACAGACUGGUCCAAGAUCUACUUUGUGUGUUGGUGGCUCACCUCCUCUGUCAUGUGGGUCAACUUGUUUGUGGCGCUCAUCUUAGAGAAUUUCAUCUAUAAAUGGGACCGCAGUCACAGCUGCUCUGUUACAGAUGUGGAGAGGAUCCGAUAUGAAACAUCUGUUCAGCUCAUGUUCAAAGAGCAGAUCCAGGAGCCAACAGAAGAGGAGCUACUUUGUCAACUACACCAACACCCUCACUUACACCUACACUGGUGACACACAUACUCAUGUCCAGAGCACCAGCACUUAACUGCAGUAACUAGUCAAGAGUGUGUUACUGAGUCUGUUCUGUGGUAGAAGUACUGAGAGGUCAAAAUGAAAGCAUUCUACCACUAGUCUAUUUUAAUUAGAAUUAAUAUUUUUAUAUGUGAUGAUCAGUAGGAAGCACAUUGCCACUGCAGUUUUAGUCGUACAAAGACUUCCCAUUGGUAGAGGCUCUCAGGAGGUAGAUGCCAUGUCAUUGCUUAGGUUAAACAUGAGUGGGUGGAGCAAAAGAACAAUUUUCAAUUCAAUUCAAUUCAAUUCUAUUUGUAUCUAUUGUAGAGGAGCUUGUGGUGUGUACCAAUUUCAUAGUUAAAUACAAUACAGUGUCGCUUAGUGUUUUUACAGCAAGAAAUUUAUCAAACUGUGAAAGCUCCUGCCAAUUUCAGAUUAGGAACCUGCACACAGAGAAAGUAAAUCCAAAUUUCUCAUGUUUGCCACACUGGGGCAGUGCUGUCACAACACCAUGAACUUCAAUAGAGUGAAAAACUGAAUUGACAUGAAGUGUUGGGGAGAGCCUCCAGAGCAAUCUUUCUCACCUACCGGUUAAACCACUCAAAUUCAGGAGCUUGUAUUUUGUAGUUGUCUCAUCACAACUGUUCUAUUUUACUUGGACCCACAUCAAUAACGUACCACUAGUUCCUUAUUGGCCUGUGGCCUAAUUUACUACACACACACACACACACACACACACACACACACACACGUUUACUUAAGUUUUGAGGAAAUUACAAAGACUUACAUUCAUUUCCUGGAGAAGAACUUUAACCACUGACCCAAAAGUCAGCCUUAUCCCAUUUAGGUCCCCAAGGCUAAGUUUAAACUGGUUUUUAGUCUGAAAUGUGUCCCCGAAAGCUUUUGAAGUCAGCAACAUACUCACACACACUUCAUUGAAAUCUGAUCACGUUUUUUGAGACAUCCUGCUAACAAGUGGAAUCAAAAACCAAAGCUCCUUGAUUGAAGUCAAUUGAACAUAUACUGUAUUUAUAUACUGCAUGUUCGUGUCUGAGAACAUGUAAAUGUUAAUGUGACUGCUUCAUAUUCACGCCUGAGACACAAAAUCUCCAGAACAUUUAGGGAGUGAAAGGUGACUAUAUUCUGGGAGUAUUUUUGGUGCUGGUGGGGCUGUAUGCUGGAAUACCGUCCAACCACAAGAUGGAGUGCCAAAGCCUCAAUAAAGACGAACACAUUCUGUCUUUGCAAGUUGGUGUCUGCCAUAAAGCAAGUGCACUCAGAUUGUUUUAAAACUAAAAUAAAGGGUAAAAAGGGAUAAGCUCACUCCUUGUGACUAAUUCUUCAUGUUAUUUACCAUAUUUUUCUACAAAGGUCACAGUGUGCCUUGGUAUUUUUAGAAUUGGAGUUAAAAUGGAUUUCAUUAGAUUUUUAUUGAAGAUUUUAUUAAGACGUUUGGAUGUGUAAGAAAGUUGGAAUGCAUAUUUUUGAUAUUAGAAUUACUUGAGAUACAGCUUAUAUUUCAGUCUGCUUUUUUGUGAAGUGUUUGUAAAAAGAAUGAUCCAAAAACACAUUUUAAAUAAAUAACUGAAACAAUUUUUAAA